GCCCAGAGCGAGGCGCAAAGCGCCUUGGCCCAGUGCCUGACAGACUUCGAGGUGGUGCCGGAGCUGGUACCGAAGUCGACAGCCUUCUCUGUCUUUCGGGAGGUGGCGAAGACCGCCAUCGUACCCCGUGAGGUGCAGAUGAAGGUUGCCCCUGAUGAAGUCGGCGAAUCUGGCCGAUUCUUCACGU